AGCCGAUUCAAGAAGGAGGGAUUAAGAAGGCACAGGGACGACACUUUAUUACCACAAACUUGUUCCAGUUCCACUUUCACUUUCCCUCUGUUCUGACAAACCAUUUCACUACAAUUUAGAGAGAAAAUACGACAGCGUUAGCCUACAGCAUCGAGUUUGGACUUUGAAGAAGAUAACUAGUGAAAAACUGGAGAAAGUUCAUUACAAACUAACCACAACGUAAUAAUAUCUGACGUUUAGCCUAUAUUGCGGCGCUCAUUAUAGUCCUGCACAAUUUAUAAUUCCUGAAGAAGACCUCCUCAAGCAGUGGAAAUAACAGAUAACAAAGAUGGCGCUGUCCCCUUCCCAAGAGACUGUGGUGCGGGCAGAGAACCUGGUGCCGGUGGAAGACUGGCACGAGGUGGGCAGGGGCGGCUUUGGAUGGGUGUACAAGGCCCGGCACAAAGACUGGGGCUUCGAUGUGGCUGUCAAAAUAUUCAAGCAAAAUACCAGUCACAUGUUCAAAGAGGCUCGCUUCAUGGACCUGGCAUCGCAUGAGUUUGUGCUACGAGUGUAUGGGAUCUUUGAGGGUCCUUCAGGACAGAGGGGACUGGUAACAGAAUACAUGAAGAGGGGAUCUGUUGAGACCCUGCAGAAACAAAUGUCUGGAACCCCACCCUGGCCCCUGGCGUUUCGACUGGCCCACCAGAUUGCACUGGCCAUAAACUUCCUCCACCUCAAGAACAUUGUGCACCUGGAUCUAAAGCCAAAUAAUAUUCUCCUGGAUGAUAUGCUCAAUGCAAAGUUAGCAGAUUUUGGCUUGUCUAAAGUCUCCAUGAGUGCUGUGGUGAAAGAAAGAAGUUUUCAAGAUGGACCUCAGGGCACAUUUGCAUACAUGCCACCAGAAGCCUUCAAAAUCUUAUACAAACCAGUACGAGCUUUUGACACGUACAGUUAUGGCAUUCUUCUCUGGGCUAUCUUUACUGGAAAAGAACCAUAUCAAGGGGCUAUGUAUAGUCUUGUAGAACUCAGAAUACCCGAAGGAGACAGGCCUCCAUGUGAAGAUCUCCUAAAUCUUCAGGUAGAGGGAAUAACAGAUGUAGUUGGUCUCAUGAAGAACUGCUGGGACAUGAACCCUGACAAGAGGCCACAUUUUAAAGAUUGCCUUAAAAUCACUGAAAGGCUGUUCUUAAGACACAGCAGUGGCAUUCAGCAGACAGUCAAUGAAGUCCUGACAAUACUGGACUCACCAAAUCACCAAGGGGCAGCUAAAAUAAAUGAUGUUGUGGACCAAGCAUCAGUCAUUGAAGUGAAACUGGCCUCCUUGAAUAUAUCUGAUAAAACAAUGACAAGAAAAGAAAAAGCCAAGUUUGUUGAUCACCACAGACCUGCCCUCAUCCAAAGAGUGUCGCAUGUCCUAGCCAUAGCAGAAGAACUGGGAGACAUGGUGCACAAAGAGACCUACAGCAAGAUCCGAGCCAAAGAGACCAAUGAGGACAGACUCCGAGUGCUCUACUGUGCCACAUUAACUUCGGGUGGUGAGAAGGUGAGCGCAGCCUUCUACGACGCCCUGAAGAAACAUGAGCCCUAUCUGAUGGAGGACCUGGAGAGUCAGCCAGGCCAUUCAAAAUGAAUCUCCAAAUCAAGCUAGUGUUACCUUUUAAAAGGGCAUACAUUUGCAAAAUUUUUAUUUAUUUAUGUGUUUUUUUAAUUUUUGAGUUAUUAAAACAGCAUACGACAUAUAGCUAUUUGCGCGGCUGCAUGAUUUGGGGAAAAUAUCUGAUCGUGAUCUUUCGGACAAGCAUUAGGAUUAGAUUUGAAAUAUAUUUUUUAAUAAUAGGAUAUUGUUCGAGGUUCAUAUUUUGCCUAAAAGAAGAAUUGAUAAAAAAAAUAAUACUGUUUGUACAGUUCUGAACUACAGAGUUAGCAGUUUAUAUGCAGAAUAAUACCGGAUAUUGUAUUUAUUAUAAAGGAAAUUAUGGUACAUUAAAAUUUUACCUUUGAAAGUU